AUGGUGGUGAAGUUGAGUGAUGAACUUAACGUGAUUAAAAGCCUUUCAGAGGCUAGAGAGGAAACCAUGUGCGAUGUGUGUGUUGACUUUCACGACCUUCUGCUCUCCUAUGAUGAAAGGUCAUCGAAGGAACAAGAUGGAUUGGCCACUCUUUGUAUUUCGGAUGUGGAUAUAACACUGCAUUAUGUUAACCAAUGGGUGCAGAGGCAAUGUAUGUGCUGUUAUCGAGAAAUAAAAAAUUUUGAUCGAUUUAUACGAUUAACGCAAAGUGUUGUGUUAUGCACGUUGCAACAAUUACAAAUUAUACAACAAAAUGGACAGCAGACGAGCGUCGGGAAAACACUACCCAAAAAUGAAAAAGAAGAAGAAAAAACAGAUGAAGGAAAGGCUGACGAUUCAGAUUUUGCACAAACAGAGAUGCAAACAAAACAAAAUUGGUCUCAACAGGAUAGAGAAAAAUUAUUCCACCUUCUCUCGAAAAUAUUUUUAUUAAAUUUUCCUCUUUAUAUUGCAAUGAAGCAUGGAGGUGCAAUUAAUCCUUUGGCUCCGAUAAAAGACGAAGGAGGAUAUUGCGAGCCCCACGAUCCAGAAGUACCAGCUCCUUUAAUUAGGGCAGUUUCCAUAUUUUGUCAUCAAGGUGGCUUUAAUUUAAUGUCGGCAUGUUUUGAUAUGGAAAACACUCUGCCCGUUAGUCUUGCGCACUCCAUGGUUGCAGUGAUUUGUAAUUUGAAACUUUGGUUAAAUUAUGGUAGUGUUAUUCAGCUGUUUAUACCUUUACGCAGUCGUGUUAUGAAGUAUAUGUGUCGCUUAGGAGACAAAGAAUUACGCACACUUGCAGUUAGAACAAUGGCAGAUUUCAUGUGGAGCGCUGUAAAGGAUCCUAUUGAUGCCGUUUUACCAAGUUUCGAUCGCGAUGGAUUGGAUCUAGCAUUUAAAUAUUUUACUAGUACAACAUUAACUAUGAGACUAGCAGGAAUAGCUCAGAUAAAUGCUCAUAUCACUGCAUUCAAUGAACUUUGCAAUAGCGAAACUGUCGCUGAAGUGGAACAAGUCGGCCACGCAUUGGCUGCUUGGUUAACGGAAAAUAAUAUAAUAGCUCAUAUAUUUGGACCAAAUUUGCAUGUAGAGGUUAUUAAACAAAGUCACAUUGUAUUAAGUUUCUUAGCCAUGGAAGGCAGAAUCGCAUCUUCGGACAUGGACACCAUGUGGCAAGCUGCACAAUUGAAACACUGUGGACGCCCAGUAUAUGAUUUGUUGGCACCCCUAGUAAAACAUUUGGCCCCGACUCCAGUACUACAUUUAUACUCCUUAUUAGGCAAAUUAGAGCCAAAGGACCACACAGAACAAAGUUUAUUCUUGGCAUCUGCUUUGAUCAAAUUUAUUUGGACAGCAGGUGGAUCAGGUUAUCCAAGAGGUUUAACUAUAAAAAAUAGAGACAUUUUAAGAGGCGCCAGCGGUGUCGGUGGCAGUAGUACUAGUGAUCCUAGCGGAAUGGAUGGAAGUAGUCCGGACGAAGACGAAGAAGAACCUAGUCCUGCCCCAUCCGAAGGACCUUCGCCAAGGAAACAGGCAAGAGGCGACAGCAGUGACGGAGAAGGUCCUUUCAAAGUAAAAAGUGUGGGUACGACGGUUGUACAGACAAGCUUAAACGAAGCAGAAGGUUCUGCAUUAGAAAAAUCCGAGUGUAAUUCCGAACCGAUGAAAGAUUCGGCGUGCGCUGUACAAGACGAUAUAAAAGAGAAACAAAGUGGUUCGGACGCAGAGGCGGAUACAGAAAAAUCUAAUGCGGAAGAAACGAUUGCAAUGGAAAAGAAAAAAAGGAAAGUCUUAAGGAAACGAAAAAAGCCACAGAAACGUUCUUUAGUUACUAUGGAUAAAACAUUCGAAGACAUAGUCAAUCAAGAAAGUGGUAUGAAAGCUAAAGAUUUAAUGUUGGAUAUAAAGAAUAGAGCGGAGGACGUUUUGAACAAUACUUUGGAUUCGAGUGGAUUAGCGUCUUUAGAUGAGCCGAAAGAUGUCGAUGCGCUCGAUCGCGUAAAACAGCAGGCGAUGGCUUUGGAUCCAAGCGAUCAACAAGUCCCAGCAACGGCCGCGCUAUUGAGAAGAGCUAAUAAAAAUAAGUACAUGUCAUUGGUUGGACAUAACGUAGAUCGAGCCCCGGAUUCUGCGGAUACUUCGCACGAUGAAGACGAUAGUGACGUAGCUGGUGUUCUAGCUGCGGCAGAUGGACCUAGUGCUGUUAUAUCCGAACUUGCUGGUUUAGUACAUGCGACAGGACCGACAUUUUUACCUUCAGGUUUAGACGAAAUGCUUUCGGACGAAGAAGGAUCUUAUAGUAGUAGAAUAUCAAAUAAAAGUGAAAAGAACAUGGCAGAUUUUGACGGAGAGGAGAGUGGUUGUGAAGAAGAAUUAGCUCAAUUAGCGGCGCGUCAUUUAACGGCUAUACAAAUGCAAGCUUAUCAUUCUCAUCCAACAAUGACUAUUAGACGGUCCGUUUGUCGCCCUCCGCAGGUGAGGAGUGUUCGUCAAACAGUUACACGCGUUACUUCCCAAUUCAAUUUGGAUACCGUGUGCAAACCCGGAAGUACAUUAUUAUGGGAUCUGUUGCAAGAUGAUAAAAUUGGCCACUUAGGAGAAGGUUUAGCUUUGGAAGCUGAAAAGGCAUUAUGUAAUCUCCUUUGUUUUAAUGUUGAUCGUUUAAUACCUAUGAAGUUCAUAGAAGGUUCCUUAGAAAAUCUUGCGACCAAUCGUUCUGUGGUUGUGUCCCUAAGACUAUUACCUAAAUUACUCGCCAGUUUUCAACAGUUUGGCGCAAUGGACGCGCACACGAUAACUACAUGGGCGGACCGUGAACGUGGAAUGAUGAAACACUUUUUCAAUAAUCUAAAGACGUAUACUAGCACAGGGCCAAAAAAUAGUUUGUAUUCUCAUCAAACGGAAAUACAAGUUAGAUUACAGUUUUUAUCUUCAAUUUUUUCACCCCUGGGUUCGCCCGAUUGUUUUCGUCUAAGCCUUGAACAAGUAGACAUAUUAUGGCAGUGUUUGUCACAAGAUCCGACGUGUGCGGACGAACUCUUCAGUUGGUUGCUUAGCCAAGCAAAGUCAACGGAACAACACGCUCUUGGGAUGGAUACGCUUAAACACUUAUGUAUGCGCAAGUUACCAAGCUUACCGCCUGAAACAAUCAGUAUGACUGGCCUUAGUCUUUUCCAACAAUUGUGCAACUUGGCUCGUUUAGCUGCUGCACAUUUGGAUAGACCUUUGAGAGACGUGGAUUCAGUUGGUAUGGAUUUCUUAUGGAGAAUCGCUCUGAAAGCUAAAAGUACGGACGUUAGUAUGGCGGCUAUACAAUACUUAAACGGGUAUUAUAUGUCUAGGCAGCUGACACAAGAAGCAGAGUUUGUUUCACAGUGUAUGACCCAUCUUGCUGCAGCUAGCGCUGAUUUAGAAACGAACGAAGAAGCUAGUUUACGUUGCAUACAAAGAGCUUUGUUAUUGCUGAGAACGCACUUGGAAGCGUUCCGUAAACGGUACGCGUAUCAUUUACGUCGCUGGGUAUUGGAGGGUAGAGGUGCUGGUAGUCACGUAGCUAUGAACAUUUCGGAGAAGGGACAACAAUUAAGAAUAUUUGUACAACCUGCUGGAAUUCCUGAAAAAACAAGUUUUACCCUCCUCAGUACCGAUUAUGUUGCCGAUCUAAGAGCAGAGGUUGCUAAAUGGUGGGACGACACGCAAAAUAAUCAAGAAAAAUCAUCGACUACUACGAGCUCGAAUCAGAACAACGGAUCGGUAUUAGGGUCCUUACUUACUGAUGGGCCGAUUAGAAUGAUUACACAAGGUCAGGAGUUGACUAUCGAUUUCGAUGAAAAGACAUUACAAGAAAUGGGCUUCAAGGAUGGCCAACUAGUGUUCAUUUCUCCCGGUGCUGGUAGAGGUAACGGUACAGGUAGAUGUAACAAACGAGAUAUGGAUUCGCCAUCCCUUUUGCCACCUCCUCCUCGAGAAUCAUUACCGACGCUCUUGUUAUUACGACCACAAUACUUUGAACAGUUAUUUACACUGAUGAGGACCUUGAGCGCCAUGAAAACUGUCGUUAAAGGAGGGCAGGAAAUUCCUCAUACAAAAGCCCAGGUACUUUCAAGAAGAGUUUGGGAUACGUUAACGUUACUACCGACUAGUCCAACUUUACUAAGAGGUUUUCAAAAGUUGGGGGAAACAACUCUGCCAGAAUUGUUAGAUCCUGCUAGCCCUCAAAAAUUGAUGUACUCUUUAUAUAUUGUAGAAUCUUUAAGUAGACGUAGUACUACGAGUCAGCCUUCUACUGUGAAUUCUACAUCCUCUACAGCUACUCACGAGGGUGGAGGCGAUGCAGACGAUAAUCAUGAAAACAAAGAGAAAGAUGUUAUUUGGUCUGCAUUGUUUGUUCAGCACGGCGGCUUGCGUCAUUUGUUCGAUAUUUUUAUGUCCGGAUGUUUGGAGCAGGGAGAUGGUAGCGAGUGGCAGCAGGACUGUCUCGCUAGUCUAUUGAAGCAACUGUGCCACUUGGGCGUUGUUAAGGAAGAGAAAAAACGAAGUAAAGCAGACAAGUUGCUUGUACCUAAAUUGAGCGAAGCGAUGCUUUCGAUGAUGAAUGUUGACGCGGUCAUGUCUCGAAUAACAAGUAUAUUAAACGAAGCAUCUUUGCCUAGAGAUCCGAAUCAUUACAAAACAGGACUUUUUGGGAGAUCGCAAGUUAUACAUUAUACUAUGGCUCUGCUUGUUUGUUGGGUACAUAGCGACGAAAUGGUCAGACAGUAUCUUUUUUCAUCGUCAGAACCGUUUGGAAAGACUUGGUUACGACGAUUGGUUUUGGAAGAUCCCGAGCCAGCGGUGAGAAGAGAAGUUUGUACAGCGCUAUACAGAUUAUGUCUAGGCACUACAGGAUCCGAAGAUGACAAUUCGGAUAUUCCUAGUUUGAUGGUACCCAUGCUAAAUACUUUAUUAGAGCACCUUAUGAUCGCAGAAGCAAUGCAACCCUCGCAUCGAAAACCAGACUUACCGUUAUACUUACAUUCAGUGCUCGACGAUGGCAAAGAGCCAUACGGACCUGCUUGCAGAGAUUACUUUUGGCUCGUUUGUCGAUUAGUCGAUUCCCUUCCAGAAGAAACUAUCAAAGAAGGUUCAGACGACUCCAAUCUGACGAUAGAUCUUGAGGCAUUGGCGUUAAGAGUGAUCGAUUCUGUUUUAAACAGAGAACAUCUCGAGACACGACACAACACCGUGGAAGAUGACGGUUUGGUUGGAUUAUUAAAUCUUACUUGCAACAUUAUGACACACAAUCCGCCCUGCAAACAGGACAAAAUCGGGCAAAACUUAUUGCACGAAGUAUUCGACUUUUUAUUUGCGUUGCCAAAUCCUCGAUCGAAACAUGUACCAAAAUGUAAAAGUCAAGUAUCCAGAUCAGCAGCUUUUGAUCUUUUGGUCGAACUUGUGAAAUCUGCACCCGAUAAUUACAGAAUCCUUCAUGAAAAGUUGUUGGCUCAGCACAAACCCGGCCCUCAUUCCCCGUAUCCAUGGGAUUAUUGGCCGCACGAAGAUGGACGUUCCGAUUGUGGGUACGUAGGUCUGACAAACUUGGGUGCAACUUGUUACAUGGCCAGUUGUAUGCAACAUCUGUACAUGAUGCCGCAAGCACGUGUUUCCAUAUUGGGCGCCGAUUGUAAUAGAGCGAAUAAACACCAACUAACAUUGAGAGAACUACAGAGAAUGUUUGCCUAUCUUUUAGAGUCCGAAAGGAAAGCUUAUAAUCCUCGAAGUUUCUGUCGGGUAUAUACUAUGAAUCACGAGCCCCUCAACACCGGAGAACAAAAGGAUAUGGCCGAGUUCUUCAUAGAUCUUGUAUCUAAAUUGGAAGAGAUGACAGCAGAUUUGAAGAAUUUAGUGAAAACGCUAUUCUGCGGUGUCAUAUCCAAUAACGUGGUAUCGUUGGAUUGUGAACACGUAAGCAGGACCCUUGAAGAGUUUUAUACAGUGCGCUGUCAGGUGGCCGAUAUGAGAAAUCUUUAUGAAAGUUUAGACGAGGUUACGGUGAAGGAUACUCUGGAAGGAGACAAUAUGUAUACAUGUUCUCAGUGUGGCAAGAAAGCAAGAGCAGAAAAAAGAGCAUGUUUUAAGAAAUUACCACAUAUACUGUGCUUUAACACGAUGCGAUACGCGUUUAAUGUGGGAACCAUGUUGAAGGAAAAAGUGAAUACACAUUUUAGUUUUCCACUGAGAUUAGACAUGUCUGGAUACGUUGAGAAAAAACUUCUACCCCAACAUUACCAGGAAGAGAAAAAAGCAUCGGAAAAGAAAAAAAUCGAGGGCGACUGCCAAGCGGGAGUAGAUAAUGAUGUCGAGGAAGAAGAGAAGGAAUAUUAUCAAUAUGAUUUGAUAGGUGUAACAGUCCAUACUGGGACAGCCGACGGUGGACACUAUUACAGUUUCAUUAGAGAUCGUACAUCUCCCAAUAAAGAUAAAUGGUUCUUGUUUAACGAUGCCGAAGUUAAACCGUUCGAUCCGAACCAAAUAGCAGCGGAAUGUUUUGGCGGAGAGAUGACAAGUAAAACGUACGAUUCGGUAACAGAUAAAUUUAUGGAUUACAGUUUCGAGAAAACUAAUUCAGCUUAUAUGCUUUUUUACGAAUGGUGCGCUGAUCCUGGCGAUCAAGCGAAAGAAGAGGAGGCUACCGUGUCCAGUCCAAAUGGACGGCAACCUUCUUCGUUGGUUCAUAAAAACACCAAUAAGCUACCGCCUUUAGAAUUGAACAAAGAACUCGAAGAUUGGAUAUGGCAAGAUAAUAUGCACUUUCUGCAAGACAAAAAUAUAUUCGAACACACGUAUUUCACAUUUAUGUGGCAAAUAUGUGGUUACAUACCACAGACAUUGCUUUCGGUACAGCCGGAUAUAACGGAAAUGUCAGCAGAUCUUUCGACCUCGUUCUUUAUGGAAACGUUUAUACAUGCCAAGGAAAAGCCGACCAUGGUACAGUGGGUAGAACUGUUAACCAAACAAUUUAACAGUUCGGCUGGCGCGUGUGCUAGAUUCCUCGAAAGGAUGGCUGGGGAUUCAUGGUGGCCGAUUCAAAUUCUAGUCAAGUGCCCUAAUCAGAUGGUGAGGCAAAUGUUUCAAAGGCUGUGCAUUCACGUAAUACAACGAUUGCGCGUCACUCAGGCAGCUCUGUAUCUUGUUUGCGACGAGGAAAAUGAUAUAAAUACUUUUGGCACGCGGUCGUGCAUAACAAGAUUCGUGAGAAUGCUUUUGUCCCUUAUGGAACACGCGAAACAACAUUUGAAACACCUUACCGAAUACUUCAGUUUUUUAUAUGAAUUUAGCAAAAUGGGCGAGGAGGAAACGCUGUUUUUAAUUAGAGUACAAGCGAUAUCGACUAUGGUGAAUUUUUAUCUUGGGCACAAGACACACGAAUUCGUCGAUGCAGUCAGCGAGGAAGAAGAAGAGGAGGAAAUUGUUGCUAUGCCGACGGAAAAGUUGAGACCUGCCUCUCUGGACAAAAUGAUCACUUUGAUAGCGACUUUGGUUGAACGUAGCAGAGGACCUGACCAUAGAUUGGCAUUGUCACCGGCGGAUCUUAGCGCUGUAGCGGGAGGCAAAGGGUUCCCCUUUUUAUAUCAACAAACACGGGACGUUAUUAAUCUUAAUCAGACGCGAAAUUUAAUUCAGUCUCUAUGCCGUUGGAACGAUAGAUUAGCCAUACAUAUUGUGACAAUGAUAUUCCAAGCUAUAACAAAACAUACGGACGUGUGUCAACCAUUUUUCAAGCUACUAACUUUGUUGACGGAAAGCUCAGGACCAAGUGGAUUACCUUGUAUGACCCAACUGAUUUUGGGCAGAGUAUGGGAAGCAGCUAGAGUCGCGCCACAUGGUGCAUUGGAAUGGCUUGCUUUAGCUGUAACAAGAAGCAAGCUUGCGCAUGCUUGGGUGCUACAAGGUUUGGACACGUGGUUGCAACAUUUCUUGUUGGAACAUUCGAAUCAAAGAGUCCGUUCAGCGGCUGCUUUUCUUCUUGUAUCGCUAGUUCCCUUGACUCAUUUCAGACAGGGCUAUCGCAGCGCUCACAGAUUAGGUCUGGGAUGCAAUACAUCCAGAGAACUACAACUAUCGCCGGAAGCUACAUUAAUCCUGCAUCAAAUAUACACAGCACUUUUACGAUUAUUGCAACCUGCAAGACAUUACAUUGAUAUACAGACUCACGGUACAAUGAAACUCACUGCCUACUUUGCAUUACUCACAUAUUGCGUUGUUUCCAAGACAGAAAAAUUAAUGUUUGGACAAUACUUGAACGAUUUGUGGACAUUGUUUCAUCCGAAACUUUCUGAGCCUAGCAUUCCAGUGCAUCAUAAUAAGCAAGCUGUACUAUUGUUUUGGUACCACGUUUGCUCAGAUUGUCCAGAAAACGUUGCUCUUAUACUUCAUAAUCCGCACAUAACUAAAAAUAUUGCAUUUAACUAUAUACUAGCCGACCACGAAGAUCAGGAUGUGGUAUUAUUUAACAGAGUAAUGUUACCUGCUUAUUAUGGUUUGUUACGACUUUGCUGUCAACAAUCGCGCACUUUUACACGACAAUUAGCUGCACAUCAGAAUAUUCAAUGGGCAUUCAAAAACAUUACACCUCACCCUACUCAGUAUUCAACUGCUGUAGAUGAACUUUUUAAACUGAUGCAAUUAUUAGUAGCAAGGCAUCCUGAUCAAACGGAACAAGAAGAAUCUGAAAUCGCAUCAUUCAGGAGAGGAACGUUGUCUUCAUAUUUGCAAGGAUUAGACGGACGAUCAUGUUGGGCUACACUUAUCUCUGCAUUCCGUAUCCUUAUUGAAUCAGAUGAUGAUCGUCUGUACGUUGUGUAUAACGGAGGAUUGAGUAUGGCUUUGGAAGCAUUUCAUAUGUUGCAUAUCAUGUAUCAUGAAGCCACGGCAUGCCACGUUGCUGGAGACCUAGCUGAGUUAAUAGCAAUUAUCGUGGAACUGGUACGGUGCAUCAGAACUGCCAGAGAAGGACCCGAUGCAAGAAAUAUAUUGGCCAAUUGUAAAGAAUGGCCAGAUAUUCUUCGGAAAUUAGCAACGUUACUAAAUACGUACAAUCCCCCGGAUAUGCGAAACCUUGCUAUAGAUCUUUUGAAAGAGCUUGUCAUGCUCGUUCCUGCUGAAGCUAUAUUGAUUUUAGCACCUUUGCUCUCGCACUGCCAUGCAGCGCUUCAAGAAUCUCAUGCCGCUGUUCCACCUGGUCCAUAUCUUCCACGAAGAUCUACGCCAUCGGGGAAGAUGCCUACUCGGCCUGCUCGACCGAUGGUUCAAAUGGCAGUACCGCAUUCUCAGUUAGAAGCAUCGAAAGGAGUGGAUCCGGAAUACGAUAGCGCAUUGCUCGAGUUCUAUUUACCAUAUCAUGAACUCAUUGACGUAAUGUGUCGACUAGCAAUCAAUAAUGAUUGCAUGACGGACACACUAGUCAACUUAAGCGCUAUGUUAGGAUUCGAAGGUGUUCCAUUGCACUUAGCGUUAUUCCCUAGACUAUGGUUAGAUGUUCAUGCUGCUACACACAUAGACAGAAAACAUAUUGCAUCACUUCUAUGCUCUUCCUAUACGGUGGAUUACGUAGAUGCUGUGUUACUAGAUGAAAGAUCAUCGUUAGGUGUUCCCGCAAUCCAUGCCUUUCUUAAGACCUUUUUCCCCAAACUUGCUAAUCACGUGUUGACCGAACAAACUUGUUUACUUAUUGAUAACUUGGUCAGUUCCAUGGUGGCAAUGGUAGAAGCGGUUGAUAUUCAAGCGUCUGCGCAUAGAUUAACUGGAGAUUUAAGAGCACUGGCUCUUGUCUAUAGUAGUAGUACAAGACUGAAACCACCAUCUAGCUUAUUACCGGCUUUAGACACGUUGUUAUCUCGAACUAGAGCUAUUAAAGUUAAAGAAUCCAGUUCACCGGAAACGGAAGCUCCAUCGAAGAAACGUAAGUUUACUGUAAAUGAAGAUGGCGAAACAACUGAUAAAGAAUUGCAUCUACCAAUCUCAGAACUUAACGAUCAAAAAAAUGUUUCCGACAUAGACGUCGAAGAAAAAGACAAAACAGAAGUAAACGAUAUGACCUCCUCUGAUUCUGGAGAUGACAAAACCAUAUCAAGACACAAGAGCAACAUCGAAGGGGAAAAUAUACCAACGAGUAUCAGUACAAUAUCGCCGAGUUUGAUCGAUACUGUAACAGCUAACAAUUGUACGAAUCAAUUACGAUGUUCGUUAACUAAUGUUUCUUGGCUCGAAAUGUUGGAAAAGACCAUUGUCGAUCUCCAAAUGAUCGUGCAAUUACAAACGAAGAGCAACUAAUUCUGUACAUGUUUUUGAAUGGUGCUUUUACCGUAGAAGCAUACAAUACAGGACUAACUUUAUGUGUAACUGUGUGGUUCUUUAAAAUAACAAGACGGAAAUUCAGUUAUACGUUCAAGAUCUAGAUGGACAAAUUUUUAGUGCGUUUGUGUUCUAUAAAAAAAUUUACCACGUACGUAUUUAAUGCGAUUAAUUUUCCAAAUGUAGACGAAUAAGAUACUUUUAUUGACUUAAGUUAUACUAACAUAUAAAAAAGAAAAAUGAGAAAAAAACGAACCAUCAAUCAGGACUGAAAAAUUUUCAUUUUAUGUAAUAAAUGUUCGUUAGUGCUGUGAGAUUACCUGUCUCUUGGCAACAUUCAAGUACACUUUUGUGUGUACAGUAAUAUAAGCCGCCCAGUAUUCAUUAACAGGAAUUGCGAAAAGCCUUGAGAUAGUUUUAGAAAUACAAUUACAAAAGCUUUGUUAAAACUAUAAUCAUUUUUCUAUACUUAUCUCAAUUUUUGAGAGAUAUCACAGGGUUCUUUAAAUUUUCCAAGGUAAAGUAUAAUGAUAAUAUUUUUUUUUUUUUCAAUCAGCUUUCAUGCUGUGAAUGGUAAAUAUUAUUUACACAUUGGUUUACAAGCUGCAUUAACUUGUCAUUGUAACAUAUUUUCCAUCGUACUUUUAAUGUGUUUUUAAAAUGGUUAAUUGUGUAAUUUAUAAAUCAGUACUUUUAUCACGUAGAUCAUUGCGUCUUUCCAACCAAUUUAAAUAUAGUAGGCUUAUUCUAUUUCAUUCUCUUGUGUUUCAAAUAUACACAAAUAGAGAAUACUUUUAUUUAUUUUUCUCUUUUAGGUAAAUCACCCUAACGAUCCUGGUAGAUUUACUUUUGAUAUCGUGAACGUAUUUUAUUUGCGUUUAGAGUUCACUUCUUUCUACGAAAUUUUGUAACAUAUCCAUUUAGGAUUUACACAACAGAUCGUAAUAGUUUCUACAGAUUUAUUCAUUCAAUUAUGCCACGCAUAUCUUUCGUAAAUUCUGAAGUAUCGCGAAAUGAAAAUUUAUUACGAAUUAUUAAUUUUCUUUCUUUCCUUUUGUAAAAAUGAAAUUUUAAUUUUCGUUCAAAUUGAGAAUAUCGAUUAUUUUUUUUUGUACAAUUGUAACUCUAUAGAAACUUUUAAUUUUAGUGAUUAGAAAUAAAAAAUUAUAGCAUUCAUAACAUUGGCAGACCGCUAUCUCUCUCUCUCUCUCUCUCUCUCUCUCUCUCUCUCUUUCUCUCUUUCUCUUUUUUGUAUAACCGUACAAAAUAAAGAUCUCACAUCACAAAUGAACAGUUGUGAAAUUUUUAAAGGGUUCAU